AAGAAGCACACAUUUUACUUGUCAGCGGCACAGUGAGUCAGGCGCACAUCGUUUUCUUUAGCAUUUUUAAUUAUUGUUGAAAUAAAAAGUAAAAAACUUGUUUAAAAACUAAAAAUGUCCACUAUUGCUAGCCCUCUGUCCAUCGCGGGCACUAGACAAUCUGGCGCGUCCGUGCGUACACAAAAUGUGAUGGCUGCAAGCUCUAUUGCCAAUAUUGUAAAAAGCUCGUUGGGACCAGUGGGUUUGGACAAAAUGCUUGUCGAUGAUAUCGGUGAUGUCACGGUCACCAAUGAUGGUGCUACUAUACUUAAACUGUUGGAGGUGGAACAUCCCGCUGCAAAAGUGCUGGUUGAACUAGCACAGCUGCAAGACGAAGAAGUAGGCGAUGGAACUACUUCGGUUGUUAUUUUGGCUGCAGAAUUGUUAAAGAACGCUGAUGAACUGGUUAAGCAGAAAAUUCAUCCAACUUCAAUUAUAGCAGGUUACCGCUUAGCAUGCAAAGAAGCCUGCAAAUAUAUUUCAGAACAUUUGACCGCACCCGUUGAUGAGUUGGGCCGUGAUUCUCUUAUUAACAUUGCUAAAACCUCUAUGAGCUCCAAGAUCAUUGGUGCCGAUGCUGAUUUGUUCUCAACCAUGGUAGUGGAUGCAGCACAAGCCGUCAAGAUCAUUGACCCCAAAGGAAAUCCAUUAUAUUCAAUUAAAGCAGUGAAUGUUUUAAAGGCUCAUGGAAAAUCUGCUCGCGAAUCUGUACUAAUACCGGGUUAUGCUCUUAACUGCACCAUUGCAUCUCAGCAAAUGCCAAAAAAAAUCGUAAACGCAAAAAUUGCAUGCCUAGACUUCUCUCUGCAAAAGACCAAAAUGAAAAUGGGUGUGCAAGUACUUAUUAACGAUCCCGACAAGUUAGAAGGUAUUCGUGCUCGUGAAAUGGAUAUUACAAAAGAAAGGAUCAAUAAAAUUUUGUCGACUGGUGUCAAUGUGGUCCUUUGCUCGGGUGGGGUUGACGACCUGUGCAUGAAAUACUUUGUUGAGGCAGGAGCUAUGGCAGUUCGUCGCGUUAAGAAGAGUGACUUAAAAAUUAUUGCUAAGGCCACCGGAGCUGCUUUCCUUACAUCAUUGACAAACAUGGAUGGUGAAGAAAGCUUUGAGCCCUCUAUGGUCGGCGAAGCAGCCGAAGUAGCUCAAGAACGUAUUUGUGAUGAUGAACUAAUCUUGAUUAAAGGCACAAAGGCUAGAGCUGCUGCAUCUAUAAUUUUGCGUGGGCCUAACGAUUUCUAUUGUGAUGAAAUGGAGCGGUCAAUUCAUGAUGCCCUAUGCGUAGUGAAGCGAGUAUUAGAAAGUAAAAAAGUCGUGGCUGGAGGUGGCUGUGUUGAAGCAGCUCUUUCCAUUUAUUUGGAGAAUUUCGCCACUUCGUUGAGUUCACGCGAACAAUUGGCUAUUGCUGAGUUUGCAAAAUCCCUGUUGGUCAUUCCAAAAACUUUGGCCGUGAACGCUGCUAAAGACGCUACCGACUUGGUAGCAAAAUUACGUGCUUACCAUAAUUCCAGUCAAACGAAAUCAGAACACGCUCUACUUAAAUGGACUGGUCUCGAUCUGAUCGAGGGUGUCGUACGCGAUAAUAAGAAAGCGGGUGUAUUGGAGCCAGCAAUGUCGAAAAUAAAGUCAUUAAAGUUUGCUACUGAAGCCGCUAUAACUAUCCUGCGUAUAGAUGAUAUGAUCAAAUUGAAUCCAGAAGAAAAGGCUGGUAAAAAUUAUGCCGACGCCUGCGCCGCUGGCGAACUAGAUGGUUAGGAGGCAUGCAACAUAUUCGUAUUUGGACUUAACGUAUUGCUUAUGCUAAACAUUUAUUAUUUACAUAUACUUUUACUUAUAAACAUUAAAGUUAGGGGCCUAAUCAAAGUCGUUGAUUAUAGCAAACGCCGCUUUUCAAAUCAUACUAUGUACUAACAACACCAAGUCUGUUCAGUUCAAUUCACUAUAAUUUUAAUAAAUAAAAUCUGAACUAC